AUGGCUAAGGGGAAGGGGAAGGCUGAUGGUGAUGGGUGCUCUCGUGAGAGGACCAUUUCCUGGGCUGAUGAUCAGACCAAGUUUAUGUUGGAUUGGUGCAUUGAAUACAUGAAGGAACAACAUGCAGAAUUUAGGUUCAGGAAGCAUCAUCUCAUUAAGUGUGCUGAUGCUUUAAAUAGGAAAUUUGCUAUGGGGGUCACAAUUUCUCAAGUUGAUCGAUACCGACACUUCAGACACUACAAAGAAAAUUGGAAGUACAUUGCUGCAGCAAUUAGCAAGAGUGGCAACGUUUUCGAUGAUAUUAGAUGUGUGAUAACCAUUUCUGAGUCUGAAAAGUCUUGCCUCAAUGAUAGAGCAAGGCGCUGGCUUUCUAAGCCCAUCAAGUUCUACUAUGAGAUGCAAGAGCUAUUCACAGGCACUAGUGCUGAUGGUUCUUUGGCCAUGGAUCAUCAUACAUGCACAAUUGAUUCUGAUGACUCGGAUAAUGAUGAAGGGUUGUAUGACCUUAACUGCUAUCCACAAUAUGAGGGCCCUCUUGAGGAGGAUUCUGACACUUUGCCAACAACACAUGGCCCUAAAAGACCUCCAGUUCAUGUCGGUGCUGAUAAUUCCUCAUCUAGCACUAGCCGAGUUGGUACGAAGCGCCCAAGAGGUAGAAGGUCACCUAGUAAGAAGCGACAAAAAAAAGAGUCGUUUCGCGGAGUCUGCUGA